AUGGAAGGUGAAUUUGGUAAAGUUAAAAAAAAGUCAGGUAAAUGGAGAGCAUUUUGGUCAGGUUUAGUUUACAAAGAAGUUGGCGGUUACUAUGAUAAUGGAUUAAAGUAAGGUUUAUGGAGCGAAUUUAUUAAAAAUUAUUCACGGUAUAUUACCUAUUUUGUUUAAAUAUAGUAAAGCAUAAAUAUGUGAAAAUGGAUAUUACUUAAAUGAUUAAAAACAAGGAAAAUGGAAUUAUAUCUAUAAAAAUAAUAUUAUGUAUAUUUAAACAUUAAAUUUUUAGUGGUUGGGGAUUAUAUAAUUAAUUAGCUGAAAAAUAAGGUAAAUGGAUUGAGUUGAGUGAUGGAUUUAGUAAUUACUCGUAAGUCACAUAUAAUGGUGAAUAUCAAAAUGGUAAGAAAGCCGGUCGAUGGGAUAUUUUGUUUAGGGAUUAAAGGCAAUAUAGAUUUUAAUAGAUGUAAAUUUUAAAGUAUCAAAUCUUAGCGGAGGUGGAUUGUACAAUGCAGGAGUUAAAGUUGGAAUGUGGAUUGAAUUGAGUGAUGGAUUUCAGAUUUAUUCAAAAGUAACUUUCCAAGGUAUUUAUAAAAAUGGUAACAAAGUCGGCAAGUGGGAUAUAAAAAUUUACAAAUUUGAUGGGUAACAUUUUAUUAUUAAAAUGAAGAAAAUCAAAUUGUAGUGGUGGAUUUUACAAAGAAGUAGAAGGAUGUUACACUAAAAUGGGAAAAUGGAUAGAAUAAGGCUAUGGGCUUAAUUUAUAUUCAUAAGUCAUUUUAGAAGGUGAAUAUAAAAAUGGGAGAAAAUUGGUAAAUUGGAUAUUUUGUAUAAUCAGGAAUAAAGAGAUGUUUAGGAAUUGAUGUAAAAAUUUAAUAAAAAUUUUUAGUGGUGGUGGAGUUUACAGUGAUUAAAGUCUUAA